GCAAUGGUCAUCUACAGUGUGCGGUCGGCGUGGGUUUCGGCAAGGGAAGUACAGGGGAAGAGGGAAAGGGUCCAAGGACAGCUGCAGAGAUGGAGAUCCCGAUCGAUUUGACGUUGCAAUACGCCACGCCCACGGCUCCGGCGCUCUUGGCCUGACACCCUGAAAGAUUUUCAUGCCCGAAUGGCACACUGUUGACACGGUGUGUGGGAAUGUGCAGAGCUGGAGGGCUCCAGUGUAGGUAGGGUUUUCGGUCCCCCCAUCUUUUACCUUGAGUUUGCAAGCUGCAAGCACCGAUCUUUCCUUUUCCAUAUGACUCCAGCCUUCCCACGGUCGCUGCCGACUUCCCAAUCAUCACCGUCUUUCCUCAAAGUCUACCGGGUGCUUUGUCAAACCUGACAGCACCAUUUCUCCCCUCCCACACCCGCACUUUUCACCCAUAUUUGAUGCCCACGAGCUUCUUUCUCUAGGCCCUCCUUUUCACCGGUUUGCGAGGUGAAGCGCCCUAAAACGGGCCUGAUAGUAGCCAACCAUGUCGACCCCAAGGCCUCCAAAUACGUUCAACGAGAAGCCCAUGGAUGAGACUCCUUUGAGUUCGAGGGACUUGCAAGAUGACGAGUCCAGAGAACAGGCGAACCGCCUGAACGACGACCUCGAGCUCCUUCGCGCCGAGCGAUACGUCUCUAACCAGGAUCACGAUCUUGCCUCUCGGAGAUCCCGAGACCGCCGCCUGGGGGAUAUCCAGGAAGAGGAUGCCUUCAAUCAGCCGGUCGAUGAGCCUCCUCAGACCACACAGCAAAAGCCGACCACAGCCAACAAGCUCUGGACCAAGAUCAAGAAGUUUCCACGCAUCAUCCGCUACUUUGUCUACUGGGCUCCUGUUGCCGGCAUCUUGCUAGCCCCAGUCAUGAUCGACUCGUAUGCCUUCGCUAAUACAGAGCUGGCCGUGGGCGGAUAUGGCGGAGUGCUGCUGUUCUGGUUCGGCAUCUGGCUCGAGAUUGUCUGGGGAGCUCUAUGGGCGUCGCGCGUAAUCUGCGCCGUCAUGCCCUACAUGUUCAAGUUCUUCGCCAAGGCUGUCGGGUCGAGCAACCACAAGAAAUGGAAGGAUGUCGGCCGCAACCUCGAGCUCCACGCCUCGCUCUUCGUCUGGAUGCUAGCCGUGCUGUGUUCCUUUUUGCCCAUCGUCAACAACAAACGUGCCGUCAACGGCGGUGACGAAGACAGGACGCCUUUUGUUCAGUGGAUCGACAUUGCGCAAAAAAUCAUCAUCUCGCUGUUCGUGCUGUCUGCGCUCAACAUCGUCGAGAAGGUCUUGAUCCAAUGGAUUGCGAGCUCAUUCCACAUGCGCACUUAUGCGUACCGCAUCGAGGCCAACAAGCGGGACAUUGAGUUCCUGAUCAGCAUGUACACGUACUCGCGCAGUAAGACAGACGACGACUCGGUCUGGAACCCGACACACUCGGGCGGCACCAGCGGCGACAAGACGCCCAUGAGGGCGCUGCAGCAAAACGCGCGUCAGGCGUGGAGCCGCUUCGGCACCGUGGCCAACCGCGUGGCCGGCGACUUCACGGGCCGCAAGGUCCUCAACGACAACCACCCGCGCAGGGUCGUGCUGGAGCUGCUCCGCACGACCCCAACCAGCCAGACGCUGGCGCGCAUGCUGUUCCGCUCCAUGGUUUCGCCCGACCGCGACACGCUCGUGCUCGACGACUUUCUGCGCGUCUUCGAGGUCGAGGAGGCUGAGGCUUGCUUUGGCAUCUUCGAUCGGGACCUCAACGGCGACAUCUCGAUGGAGGAGCUCGAGCUGGCUAGCAACGAGAUCCACCUCGAGAAGAAGGCGAUCGCGGCGUCGCUCAAGGAUCUGGACUCGGUCAUAAAGAAGCUCGACAGCGUCUUCGUCUUUAUCAUCCUCAUCAUCUCCAUCAUCGUCUUCAUUUCAAUCCUGUCGGGUUCGGCGGCCGCAGCGCUCGGCUCGGCCGGCACCACGCUGCUGGGCCUGGCGUGGAUGCUUCAGGCGACGGCGCAGGAGUUCCUGCAGUCCAUCAUCUUUGUGUUCGUCAAGCACCCCUUUGACGUCGGCGACCGGGUGCGCGUCUACGGCAACACGGGCACGGGCAUGCAGGGCGACGACUACUACGUGCAGGAGAUCUCGCUGCUGUACACCGAGUUCAAGAAGAUGGAGGGUCAUGUGGUGCAGGCGCCCAACUCGUUGCUCAAUAACCUGUUUAUACUCAACCAGCGCCGCAGCAACGGGCUGGCGGACCCGAUCGAGCUCAAGGUCCGGUUUGGGACCAAGAACGAGGUGAUCGAGGAGCUCAAGGCGCGCAUGCUCGACUUUGUCAUGGAGAACAAGCGCGACUACGCGCCGCGCAUCAUCACCGAGGUGCGCACUAUCGACGAGGUCUGGUCCAUGACCUUCAACAUCAUCUUCUUCCACAAGUCGAGCUUCCAGAACGAGCUGGUGCGGCUCAACCGCCACAACAAGUUCGCCGCCGAGCUGAUGCGCCAGAUGGCCGAUCUGGGCAUCGAGGGGCCGCGCAAGCACCAGCCGGGCGGCGCGCGCGACUUGCCCUUCUUCUGGUCCAACGUCCAGCCGCCCAGCUACGACUCGGCCACCACUUAUCCAUCCGGCCCCGCCCCCCACGGCGGCCACCAGCACCCAGACGUCACAAGCCCCACGGCCGGGGCCGGCAGCAGCUCCGCCGGCGGUGACCUGCACCACUCCAGCAGCAGCAGCAGCGCCCCGCCCGCCCCCGCCAUGGUGACGCCCAGCUCCGAGUCCUUCCUCCGGCGGCGCCGCGCCUCUAGCCGCGCCACGUCGGUGCUCGACGCGGGCCCGGCCUUUGGCGACGUCUACGAUAGCCGGCGGUCCGACACGGUGGCGCACCUGGCGCGGCUGCAGAGCAUGCGCGCGGCGCAGCACCACCACCCGGACCGGCUGCACAGCGUCCGGUCCGGGGGCGGGGAUUCGGAGCACGGCGGGCGGAGGAGCUCGAGCGCCAGCCGCGCCGCCGCCGCCUCGGGCAGGUUCUUUGGACGCCGGCCCACGAUCCCGGUCAACCCGGGAAUCGCCGAGUCGUCGGCUGAGCCGCCCAUCGAGCUGAGGCAGCAGUCGCCCCUGCCGCCUCAGCCGUCGGCGACGCGGGGUGAUGUCGAGCGCAUGGUCUGAUGGACAGGGUUAUGACGAUGAUUUUUGGUCUCUUUAGUUUCAACCUCUCGGACGCAUUGACGUAUGGGAAAUGGUAUCUUUAUGUAAUGUAAUCAGGGUAGUGAACUCGCCUUGACUUUAACACCUUGUGUUUGAUGCUC